CAACUAACCGCGGAGUACGCAACUCCGUUCUCUCCAACAACCAUCUUCCACUACGUAGUCGAUUAUGACGAUUUUUCAAAAUUGAGAAGCGAUUGUGUUGAUCCCACUACAAACAUUGUUCGGGAUUAUAUAGGACUGGUGAGAUGAAAUGACUAGGCAUGGCAGCCGGCGAGCCUUGAAGGCUUGUCGCUUCUGCCGGCAGCGGAAGAUGAAAUGCGAUAAUAAACAGCCAUCCUGUAAUGCCUGUAAUUUUCAUGGGAAGCAUUGUGUUUAUGAUGAGCUCCCUAAGAGGCCAAGGUCAGUCACUCUCUUGAGAAAGCUAGUUCUCUCCAGAGAUCAUCGUAUAGCAGUCAUCAUUGUGGUUGGUAAACUUUGUAUUACAAGCUUAACAUUUGUGAUAUCUCUUGAUUACAAAUGCGGGCUGCUUAAGCCCGCUGCCAUGAAUGGCUUGCUGCAGAAAGCUUUGUUUAUGAUUUCGUUGAUCCCUAGAAGUGGAAGUCCAUGAUUGAGUAGACAGCCAUAUUGUUACCGCCUAGCGGCCUCUGUGGAGAGACUAGUAACAUAAUCUUGAAGACUCGUGUUGACAGCAGCAGGCCUUCCCAUUCAC